AUGGCAGACGAGCAGAGUGCACCAGGAGAACUUAAGCAGGACGCACCAAAGGAGGAAGGCGUAGCAAAGGAGGAAGACGCACAAAAGAAGGAGGAGGCUCCAAAGGAAGAAGACGCACCAAACCAGGAGGAUGCACCAAAGGAGGAGGACGCGCCAAAGGAGGAGGAAGCUCCAAAGGAGGAGGAGGAGGCUCCAAAGGAAGAAAACGUACCAAAGAGGGAGGAUGCACCAAAGAAGAAGGCCGCAUCAAAAGAAGAAGUAGCUGAAGGUGAAGAAAAAGAUAAAGGAAGAAAGGAGGAAGAAAAAGAUAAUUAA